UUCCGUUCAGCUCAAGCUUUUAAUGGACACUUUGUGGGAGGUUCCUGUCUCUGGCUCAGGAAAUGGGAUCUAUGGAUGAGGAAUUUCAACUUCUGCCAACUCCACAACAAAACGGAGUGAAUCUGACAUGUAAGACAUCGAAAUCCUUCUCUGAAAUAUGGCUCAACAGCCCCACCGAUGGUGUGAGAGCAGAGCGUAAAUUUUCUAGUUCUGAAAACGCAGCCGGAGACAGGGAGUUUGCUCAACAGGUUUCGACAGAGGAGAAAGGUCCGUGUGAAACAGCUUUGACUCCCAAAGGACUCUGGUCAGACUCCGAGUCUGUAAAUACCACCUCGCUUCCUGGGUCUGGUCACAUCACAACAACUGCAGCAACCGUAACAACAUCGACUCCGCCUCUGCUGCCUUCGCCCUCAUUGUCCAAAGUUGACGAGGUUCUCUGCGACUCUUCUGGGUCUUACCACACAGCCGUGUGCUCCGUAACCCUGGACAACCUCAGUGACAGCAGCGGGCCGUUCGAGGGCAUCGAGGACCUCCCAACUGACUCAGCCGCUGAAAGUGACCGGGCGGUUGGUCUGUCCGAUAUCAACCCAGGGAGCGAGCGAGGACCUUUGAACAUUCCUGAACUCGGGGGCUCCUUCCCCCAAUGUCCACCGGGACCUCAGUGUGGCCUUCCUGAAGGAGAUGGGGAAGGAUUUGAUGACACUUGGGAGAGGAAGUUGUGUGGAGGUGCUGGUGAGUGGAAGCCCUGCGGGUGGAACCGAGAGAUGGAAUCCUGUAACUCGGAUGGUGGGAAUGAACUCAGACUUGAUUCUGGACGUGAAGAGGAAAGAGGAACAGCUGAUGGGAACCAUUCCUCGGGGUGUGAGGCUGCCCCUGGAUGGCUGGAAGGAGGUGACAUUGGCUUUGUUGAUGUGGCUUCCGACAGCUGUUCGCUAUCAGUGAGUAGCAACUCAUCAGGCCUGGCAGCCAUUAACGGCACCUCCACUAAACAUGAUCCACGGGUGGGAAAUAGAAGAGGCAAAGAGAGCCGAGACCAACAGGUUCAGCUGCCCAUCAGCCCCGGAAAUAGCCAGACUGGGAAGGGCUGCGGGGGAGCAGGAGAUCAGAGCCUGGAGAGGAACCCGCUGGAACAGGCAGACUUCCACCCACACCCAGGACCACAGACGCCCCAGGAAAUGUCUCGAGGGGACUUGGCUUCUGAGGAUCGUCGGAAGAGCUAUCAUCGCACUCGGUGUGAGAGGGCUCCCCCCUAUUGUGUGAGUGAAACGUCCAGCGUGGAUGAGACUGAUAGAGAGGUUCGGAGAUUAACAUCGCUGGCCUUUCGAAGUUUGUCCUGCCCGGGCAAUGGGUACUUUGACAUUUCCGACUGUAGAUCAUCUGCGGGUUUGUCACCGUCCUUGUCGGAGGAAGGAAACAACGACACCGAUAUGUGGUCAACCUACCGCGAAUCAGGGCAUUGCCCCAUUGACUCAGAGAAUGCCGGGUGGAGCUACAGCCCCAGUGACACUGCAAGGUUCACUUCAAGCCCUGAGUCAGGGGAACGCAACAAGGACAUGUCAGAUGAUGCGUUCGAUAGGACGCAGUUUGAGUGUGUGGAUGUGAUGAUGGAAAGCCAGGAGGGAAAGGGAGGGAAAACAGCGAGCAGGACUGUCCCCAAGCGCCAGAUUCAACUCAAAAAACGUGAGAGGAACAAACUGGAGGUCUUUCCCCCGAGAGGUGACGCAGACUGUCCUGCUGAUCUGGGAGUUCGGCCAGAGCACGCCAAUGAGGAAAUGGUGGGACGUUCUGGAAACGUCCGCGACAGCAGCACGGCUACAGAGAGCGCGAGGGGAGGCGCAGCGCGAGGGAAAGAGGAAAAUAAUAACCAUAAACGGCUGCCCAGAGCUUCGUGCACAGGAGAUUCGGUGACGAGGAGCAAGCAAGCUUCCUGCCUCAUCACAAACGUCAUAUUGAAGAAAAUGCAGUUCGAACGAGGUCUGAAGAUGAAACCGGGGGCAGGCAGGGAUUCUAUCUUUGCAAACGUGAAGGACUCUGAGUUUUGUGACGACGCAUCGAAGCGGGUUCAGCGUCAAGAUUCUAGUUCACGAUCUGAGACCCGUGUCGUUGCGGAAAACCUCCCAGAUAACCACGGAAACAAAAGCCCGGACGUCAAGGGAAUUCCAACGACAAAAGACGUACGUUCAAUGCGUGAGGCCAAUCCGUUUUCAGACGAGCAGUCGGGCGAUGAUAUCUGUCGCGAGAAAGGCGAGCUCAGGAACUGGAAGGAAAGUAGCCAAGAUGGGCAGAAUGAUAGAACGUCAGGUAGAGAUCCGGAUCCGACCCGGCAGAGACUGUGUCCAGCGUUGAUUCCCUCCGGAAGUGUUCCCGCAGAGCAAGAGGAAGAUAAUGACAAACUACCGGCCUCACAGGGCAAACGAGUGGAUUGCUUUGCACAGCGCGCCAACCGAACAUUGGAAACAAGUCAGUCAAUACAAAGCAAAAAGUUGUUGUGUUACCAGAAAACCAGCCGUGUUCUGCUAAGUAAGAGGAAAGUUUCCGAUAUUACGUUUACAUCGAAAUCACCAGGGAUAAUCCUGGCUCCUCAGUUAGUGAAUGAGAAACAAACCGAUGGUAAAAGUUUGGGAUCCAUUUCCAAGGCUCAGACACUUCCCACUUUGUGGAGGACAGGAGCCGAAGAGAAACAAGAUAAAUUGCCGCAGUCUGACACAGGUGAGAGGUUUUCCGCAGAAGGUAAAACGAAAGGCCCUAUUAUACAUCAUGUCAGAGACGUGCAGAAGCUUGUUAGAGACCAGCGUGAUGUUUUAACCUUCACCACUCACGAAAGUGAGCUCAGUGAACCCAAAAGUGUUUCUCUCGCUCCGAGUUUGAACCAUUCGAGUCACUCAAACCAGAGUGAGCCUGCAGUGAGGAGCAGAGCUCUGCCACCAAUUGUUAUUGAGUGUAGGUCAAUCAGCAGGAAGACCAACAAGGACAAUGACACAUGCUUGUCGGUCGCUGAGAAAUAUUGGGCGCGUGUGGAGGGAAAACAUAGCUCAAAGGUAUUUUCUUCUGACCUCAAGCUGCCGAUUCCGUCCGACAAACACGAGAAGAGACAGAUUUCCAUUUGUGCGGCCAUCAGCCUGAGUCGCUGUGUGACAGGAAACAAAGACUUGGCUCAUUUCAGCGGGGCCAAGAACUCUGAGAGGCGGAUUCAAGCCUUGUCCAUAUCGAGCAACUCCGGUUUGGAAUCGUCCUUCACAAAAAAACGACGUGAGAGAAAUUGCCGCCACGGGGAAGAGGAUGAAAAUACAGAUCCAACCAGUCAUGAAUUAACUAAGGAAACAACUGAGUUGAGACCUGGAAAGGAGAAACAAUCUGGACUGGAUCUUCUGAACCCAGUUUUGGCAAAGUCUGGUGCAACUGAUCAAGAUGCAAGUUCGUUUGGAAAAGUGGAGCCUAAUGUGGAGUUUGAGAGUCAACUGGGAAACCAGAACCAGAAAGGUUCAACUGUUUCCUCGCCGACCGAGGGAAGUUCCCAGAUAAUAAGUUGCGAAGGUGAGGAGAGACGAGAGGGUUUAAGGAACCGGCAGAUUCCAAGUCUGCCUUCAGAGAAUUCAACAUCAACCGCAGGAAUUGUCAAUUGCUCACAAGCCAAUGAUGAACGUCCAAAGGCGUCGGAAAGAAAAGUGGAAACUGAGGAUAAACCUUCAAGGAUUUCAUGCCUCGAAAAUGCAAAUGUCGAAACAUCAAACGGGAAAAGUAUCCCUCGAAGUGCGAUCGAGGUUGAGUCGGAAAAUCCAGACGAACUCCUCAGUAAAUCUGUUAUUGAACUGACAAGCACAUCGCCUCAGAGUGAUAAAGGUAUCGAGGUGAUAACAGAGAGCAAAAGCAAACCUUUUGGGAACCUAAGCUCAAAUGACAAAGAAACCCAAACGUCAGCUUGGAAACGCAGGCACCAAGGGGACGUCACGGUCCGUCCAGAAAUACCUAGGAAAGACGUGGAAGAUGGAACGUGCGACGGUGACGAUGGCAGAGCAUUGUCCCACACGGAGCAGGAGAAAACUGAACAUGGAGUCAGAUUGGAAGACGGGAACAGGUUUUUGGAAAAAUCUACUCCCAACAGAUCAAAUGGGAACUUGCCGUCAAUUGGAAAGGCGGAGGCUGAACGUCCGAUUGUAUUUGCUUUGGACGAUGGGAGUGAACCGGGAGCUUGUUCCGUUUUGAGUAGCGGGAAUGACAACACUUCAAGCAGGAUAGAUGAGCGCGAAACAGAGGAAAACAGUGACCUACACAAUGAGACUUUACCUAUUGGCACUUAUGGCUCAACCUGUGAAAGAUUAAGCCAUUGUCUGAGAAGAAUAAGGGUAAUGGAAUGGCCGGUGCCAAUUAUUUAUUGGGCAACGCAGUUUCCACCGAGGCAGGGGACAUCAAAGAUGAAAGUGAGAUGCAGGCUGGGUUGAGUGAUGAGGA